UCUGGUAUUGAGAACAGGAAAUAAAAUAAAAAAAAAACCUUGCAAAAGAUUCUGCAAGCAAGCAAGCGAUAGAAAAAUAAUUCAAUAUGCUAGAAAAAAUGUAAAAUAAAAUAUGGCUUAAGUGAAUGUAGGUUCGGUAGAAUAUAAAGCUUUGUGGACAAUUUUAAUUUAUAUCAUUAUCAUUCGCCUAGAAUAAAUAUUUGUAACUUAUUGCUAUUUAAUAUCGACAUUUUUAUUACUAUAAACAGUUAUUUUAUUGCUAUGAAUCUUAUAAAUGUCAGCAAAUAGAAACUAAAUGUUAUGGCUCCUGGUAACAACGAGCGGCAUCCAGGUCACACGGGAACUAUACCCAAGACAAAAGUAAGAAACAAUUGUAAUGUUCCUCAAGAAGCAGUCACCCCAACCAGAAGAGACAUGACGUCCAAUCUUGUAACGACAUCUCUUGAUUGGGUGCCUGUCUCUGAAUACAACACUCGGACAAACUACAGCCAAUCAAGAAAACCAACAAAUAAUACAUCAUCAGAUCACGAACUAACAGAUUUAGACAAUUCUGUGACAUUUGAGAGUGGAUUUGGAAGAUUUGUGCCUGUAAGACCGCAACCACGCGCAUUACCCCUGAACGUGCAAAAUCGCGAAAAUAUAUCGGCUGAACAACACGACGAUGGUACUGGCUCCUCCAUAUCUGGCCAUACUUUGCACCCCUAUGCGCAUCAGAUGCAGAAUGGCCUAAUUCCACAUUCCAACCAUGCAUCAGCUGCUGUUAUGAUUGUGAAUCCCACUACACCUAAUGCUGUAACUGGGAAUGUAUCACAACCAUUUAAUGCUCCAAAUCAAAACAGGAAUAAUUUAACAAGAAACCUAAAUCCUUCUCGCAACAAUUUUGACGGAAGCCACGCUAGCAACAACAACACUACGCCGCCAAUUUCCAAUUCUAGAACUGGGACAAAGACAGUUAAUUUAAUGAACAAUAUGUAUGAGCAGGGGCAAGGAAGUUUCAAUAAUCUCAAUGAGAGUAAUCAUGUUCAUAGGGAGUCGGCGCGAGCAUUAGGAGAGGCCAUCGCUGCUGCCUGCCCAGACGCUGCAGCGGUAGAGCGUCGGCUUGGACAAAUACGAGAAUACAUACGCGUUACUUCGUCUCUUGUCGAUACUAUGCGUAACUCGGAAGAAGAGGCUUUUAUUGAACACACUAAAGAAGAAUAUGAUGAACUGGUAGAGAUGGUGAUGAAAUUAAAAGAAAGUGAAACCAAACUAGAAAGUAUGUUAGUUGACAAUGUAGAGGUACCUGCUGAGGAAUCAGACGGUGUUGUUAUUGUAGAGAUACAGGCAAGUGACUCUUCUUUUGGGGAUAGGAAUGAGCAAGCAGAGGAAACAAGUUUUUCUCCUGAUAUAACAAACAAAAUUAAAAAUACGACUGACAUUAUCAACAAUAACCUAAAAAAAGUUACCAAUAUAGAAAACGAACAGUUGAAUAAAUCCAUGCACAGCAUAAGGCUUGAAGAAGAAGGACACUCUCAAGAAGAAGGUAAUAAAAGAGCUGAUGGUGUCGAUUUGCAAACGUCAGCCCCCGAUAACUCCGAAACUGCAGAAAACAGUACGGCAAUACAAGUCAAAGAACAGCCUGAAAUCAGAAAAGACGACAAGGAAUUAAACGAAUUAUUGCGGAAAAACAUACUUUCAUGUGUUGACAAAAUAACGCGGAUUGAAGAACUGAAACAUAAAAAGAACGAUACAAAUAAAUGCAGCGAUCAGGACGUAGUAACACGUCCAGUAUCUGCUCAAAGCAACGGAUCGACAUAUAGCGAUAAUGAACUGUGGCAAAAUGAAAUAAAAAAUAAAAUGGAACUGUCGCAAAUGCGUUUGGCGGCUUUAAAACAGCAACAAAGAAGGCUUCUUAAGUAUCAGGAAGAAGCUAAGCACCAAUUAGAAGAAAUGAAUCGUGAUAGAGAAAGAGAGAGGCAUGCACAGGAGGUACAGCCAUCAACAUCACAUGACAACUUUGGUGGUGCCCAAAAUCAGACAUUGAGUGGAAAUUACCAUCAUCCGAAUCGAAUGUAUGCUGCCAAUCAAAUAGGCGUGGCGACGACAUUGCCGCAUUCGUCAGAGGCUUUACAUGUGCAACAGAAUAUGGCGGCCAGUGUGGAGGCGGACCGCGGACAUUCCGCGCAUUCUACACACAGCCAAGAUGAUAGGUUCUCGCAUAGAGAUACCAAUGUUACUGGGAGUGAGGAAGCGGCAGGCGUCGGUCGAGACAGUGAAGUUGAUGAUGACGAAGUCCUACUUAACGAACGCAGCCGUAUACUACAGCUGAAACUUAGAGAACUGCAGAUGAAGAAACAACAUAUGGAAAGUCUUGUGCAAGAGUUCCAAAAGCUGCAAAUGGCUACCCAUCUUGAAGCAGCACAUAACACUUAUUCCAGUUCAGGUGAAGACAGUGGUGAUGAAGAAAUUCCUAGAAAAUGUAAUAAGCCUUCUAGCAACAAUAAAAAUGAAGAUCCUUACAAGUUAAUGGAGAUCAAGGCUAUCAAGACAGCUCUUCAAAAAACAAAAGAUUUAAUGAGAUCCGUCGAAACCUAUGAAGCUGAGCAUCUUUCUACGGGUCACGACGACUCCUUCAGAGAUAUAGCAACACAUUCUAACAUCCAUGACAAUAAAUCGGAAGGCGGUGGAAGUAUGGGCGGCUGGUCCAACGACGGCAGUAUGUGUCGCGUGCGCAACUCGCUGCCGCAACGACACAAAUUCACUAACGAGCAGCACUCACAGCAACACUCGCAACAUCCGCAACAUCAACACCAACAGCAGCAGCAUCAGCAACAACAUCAACAGCAGCAUCCGCAACACUCACAACAUCAGCAGCAUCCACAGCAACUUCAUGCGCAGCAACAAAGUGUGGACGCAGGUCACGAGGCCAAUAUAGCUACGUUGCAGGAGCUCGCACAGGAGCUAAGGAUGGAAACAGAGAAGAUAAUGGGUGAACGGGCACGUAUCAAGGAUAUGAUAUCUAAUAAGGAGGUGAGCCGUAAAAAGAAAGUGAAUGAAGAGGUUCGCGCUGGUCCGAGCGGCCAGCCCGGACCCGCCGAGCGGAGACAAAUGCAGCUGCGGGCGCUACUUGCCGACAAGCAACGCGAACUGGAAGCCCUUCUUAAUAAAGAGAAAGUGCUGUGUUCCACUGCUGAACCACAACAGAUGAAACAAGAAUCACGUACCGCAUCUGUCGUCAAUCAGUCGUAUAAUAGCGAACAGGAUCACAUUAGUGAACCAGAAUCUAGGUCUGAACAAAUACUCUUAGAUUCGCAAGACUCAAGGGAAACUGAAAACUUCAGGGGCGGCGGAGACAGUGCAUUAGGCGGAAGAUCCAUCGCUGCUUUACCACCUCACAUGGGCAGCGCUUAUGGAAGUGACACAGACAGUGCAUCCAGAAAUAAAUCGAAUCAAAGGAACAGGAUACGCCGAAGACAACCCCAAGAGAGACAGCCUGAUGAAAAUAGUGUAACACAGUCGAAUAAUACGAAUCAAAACUUACGACACGAGCCGAGAGCUGAAGCAUCUAAUGUAAACAUGGUACCUCCAAUAUCUCAAAACACUGGCGAUAAUCCUGGAAACAUGCCAUACCCGCAUGUGCCUCCUCCUGGAUGGAACACUAAUAAAUCUAACCAGGACAUGCGUAACCAGUUUACUCAGAACAGUCACUCUCAAACAAUGGAGCGUUUGAUGGGUACGCCGCAGUUGUCUUUCCCUCCAUCGAUGCCGUUCAAUAUGAUGAUGCCUUACAGCAUGGUUGGCGGCUGCAGCUGCGGUUGCGGUUUCUGGGGCGCGUGGUGUUGGCAGCAACUUGUUAUGCAACAGCGAGAAAUACACCAACUUAGAGAUCAACUUAACCAUCUUGAAGAACGUUGGCGUGCGGAGACAGCUUCCCAUACACUAAAUAACCAAGUGCCACCGGGAAAUCGAGCUAAUAACUAUUGGGAUAACUUUCGCAGUUAUUCCCGUCAAAAUCUUCUCUCCGCUAAUAACAAGGCAAACGCUGACGGACACUUAGGGGUGGGGCCUUCUCAUAAUCCUCAUCCUUUAGUAGAAAGAUCACAUAACACGCUUCAUCGCACUCCUUCAGCAACCCCACCCUGUAUCACACCCAAAAGAAAUACCAACGCUGUUAGUUCCUCACACAACGGUCCUCAGUCAUCGCAGGCAAACAACGAUGACGUACCCAAUAGACACACGCGUCGUAACAUCGCGUACGAACGAUCUCUAUCCUUCUCGUCUGCCCCAGACGUGUUAAAUGUUAAUCAGAACCCAGAUACUGAUGCAACAACAGCUUGCCAUUCAAGAAAUAUUGACGAAAACAAUGUUGCUAACGUUUCUAACAUAAAUAUUAAUCGUCAAGAAGCCCUAUCCAAUUCCUUUAGAAAUUUAAACAUAACUAAUCCUAUACCUGAGAUUAUACAGGCACAUGCCAAUAACUUAAAUACGUCCGCUAACAGUAAGAAGAAAUCGUCUUCAAAACUGCCAGCCAAGAACUCGACCAAUCGGAGAAAUUUCACUUUGGAUUAUUCUCAAAUGAGCAAUAUAAAUAUUGCCAGUACCUCUGAAAUGCCUAAUCCUAAUUUGGCGUCAACAAGUCGUGAAGUUCAAGACAAGGCCACAUCAAAACUAUUUGAUCUUCUGCGGGAAAAUAUAUAUUCGGAAGUGACUGCCUUGAUUGAUGUUAAUGAAUCUCAUCCAGAUUUUUUGAUCCAACUAUUUCGAGAAUUACAGUUGAUAAGUUCAGAUGCUUUACGACAAAAAGUAUUACAGUCGAUUCGCAAUGUAUUAUCUCAAUACAGCUCUAUAAUUGAAAGCCAAGCGAAUGAUAGUGCGCUCGAAGAGAAUAGACAAGAAUCGGUUUCUACUACAUCCGGUGAGCCGACUGCAUACAAUGAGUGUAACUCGCUACCGAUGCAAAACGUAUGCGGGAAUGCGAUGCAACUUGAUAAUAAAAUCGUUCGCUUUUUGUUGUUGAAAAGCGAUGAAACAUGUACGACCGAAUUUCUGGAAACAUUAGUAUCACUGAUUUUGAGCAAUGUUGUCGACGGAAGAUACACGCAACAAGCCAAAAGGAGGCUUUUAGAACUACUUUCUAAAUACGAAGGUAUGAGAGUUUGUGAUAUUUCAGGCGACAUAAUUGAAAACUUGCCCUUGAUAAUACCAACAAGUAACGAAACUGAACCUACGCAGCUUACGAGUGAAUUAUCGGAAUCAUCUAUACUGCAAGACGUUGCAGGUUCUUUAAAUUUGUUCAGUUCUAGUGACAGCCUGUUGCAUCAAAUCAAUGCUUGUCCCUACGACCUGUGGCCGGGGCAUGUUCACAUGGAUAUUGAAAAUUCUGAUAUGAAUGACAAUAGUCCUCGUUCGAGCCAAGAGGGCAAAGUGGAUCUCAUUAAUUGUUCAGAAAUGCAUAAUGGAGAUUUGGCAGAAGCUGACCAAACAUGUCACACGGAGGCUGAAGAAGUUGGCGCCGUGGGACAUGAUGAUGCGAGUGCUAAUGCUGAAGCUCUACCUGACGUUGUAGACACCGAAGAAGUGACUCCGACAGAGGCGGAAGCUGAGUGGCUUGGACUUGACCGUGUGCCAACAAGGCUGCACAUGGAAGAAACAUCUGAAAAACAAAAAGGUGAAGUUAAUACAUUAUAAAAACGAAGCAAACACCCAAACUAGACCUGUUUUUAGGUCCGAUUUUGUUUGAGCGUGACCUGUAAAAGAAAUACAACAAUUAGAGCUUCUUUAACUGCAUCUGUAACAGAAAAGCAAAGUAAAUAGAAAUAAUUAGUUAUUUCCUUUUU